CAAAUACAUGACACCACAAGAAAGACUCCAGAAGUAAGAAAAUUAUGGGUUCCAAUUCCAUGGCAGCAGCUAACCAGCCCCAUGCCAUUUUCGUUCCUUACCCAGUUCAAAGCCACAUAAAAACAAUGCUUAAACUAGCAAAACUCCUUUACUUCAGAGGCUUUCACAUCACUUUUAUCAAUACUGAAUUUAAUCACAAUCGUUUCAUCAAAACUAGAGGUGCUAAUUCCAUGGAAGGCUUACAUGGUUUCCAUUUUUUUACAAUUCCUGAUGGUCUUCCUCCUUCAGAUCCUGAUGCCUCUCAAGACGUUCCUGCUCUUUGUGACUCUAUAAGAAAAAAUUUCUUAGCUCCAUUUCUUGAAAUUAUUGCUAAAUUGAAUGAUCUUGCCUUAUCCAGUAAAGUCCCCCCCGUAACUUGCAUUGUUUCUGAUGGUUUCAUGUCAACUUUCACUGUUUCUGCUGCUCAGGAAAUUGCAGUCCCUAUUGUCUUGUUUUUCACCAUCUCAGCUUGUUCUUUGAUGGGGUUUAAACAAUUUUCUGCUCUCAAGGACAAGGGUCUCAUACCACUUAAAGAUGCGAGCGACUUGACAAAUGGUUAUUUGGAGAAGACUGUAGACUGGAUUCCAGGCAUGAAAGAUGUUCGAUUGAGGGAUCUUCCGGAUGUCCUUCGAACUACUGAUCCUAAUGAAAUUGUCUUCAACUUCGCCAUGGAAAGUGUAGAGAUAGCCAUUAAAGCAUCUGCAAUUGUUACUCAUACAUUUGAUGCAUUAGAAAGAGAUGUUCUGAAUGGCCUUUCGUCUAUCUAUUCUCAAGUUUACGCAAUUGGCCCGCUUCAGUUACAUCUGAAUCAUAUUCAAGAUGAAUCAUUGAAGUCUAUUGGGUACAAUUUAUGGAAAGAAGAAUCUAAGUGUCUUCAAUGGCUAGAUUCUAUGAAACUUCAAGAUGAAUCAUUGAAGUCUAUUGGGUACAAUUUAUGGAAAGAAGAAUCUAAGUGUCUUCAAUGGCUAGAUUCUAUGAAACCCAAGUCAGUUCUCUACGUUAGUUUUGGCAGCAUUACUGUUAUGACAAGAGAACAACUUAUAGAAUUUGGAAUGGGAUUAGCAAAUAGCAAACAUCCGUUUUUAUGGAUUAUUAGGCCUGAUUUGGUUAUUGGUGACUCGGGCAUCUUGCCACCUGAGUUUGUUGAAUAUACUAAGGAAAGAGGUCUAAUUGCUAAUUGGUGUCCACAAGAAGAAGUGCUGAACCACUCCUCCAUUGGAGGGUUUCUAACACAUUGUGGUUGGGGUUCGACGAUUGAAAGUUUGUCAGCAGGAGUUCCAAUGCUUUGUUGGCCUUUCUUCGCAGAUCAACCAACAAAUUGUCGGUACACUUGCUGCGAAUGGGGAGUUGGAAUGGAGAUUGAUAGUAAUGUAAAGAGAGAUGAAAUUGAAAAGCUUGUUAGGGAGCUUAUGGAAGGGGAAAAAUGUAAAAAAUUGAAGAAAAGAGCCAUGGAAUGGAGAAAAUUAGCAAUAGAAGCAACUAGUCCAACUGGUUCAUCAUCCUUGAAUUUGGAUAAAUUGGUGUGUCAUGUACUUUUGUCAAAAGUUUGAUUGUCUGUUGAGAACUGCUAUUGAAUCUGAAAAUUUUUAUGUUGGAUAUGUUUGAUACGUUCAUGUUAUAAAUGUAAAGGAAUGGAGUAUGUUGAAUAAAUAAUAUAGUAAUAAAAUUCUCAAGAACAUAUACAAAAUUA